AUUUGACAUUACCGAAUUCCACACUGGUCUGGUCUGGUCCACCGUGGACUUCGCAGCGACGGAAUGACAUGUUUUCUGUUACGAGCAUUUAGGGACUAACGUGUUAAUAAGCAAGACUGACUGAAUCCGAGCUGUUGUAGGGAGGGCUCCAUGAAUGUUCGUCACCAUGAUGAUGAUGGACCAAAUGCUGGACCUCCCGCCUCCAUUGAGCAACGAGGUUCCCAUGAUGCACCACGUGAUCAAUGGCGAUGCACCACAGCAGGUGAUCCUGGUCCAGGUGAACCCAGGUGAGACGUUCACCAUCCGCACGGAAGACGGGGCGUUGCAAUGCAUCCAAGGGCCUGCUGAAGUUCCCAUGAUGUCACUGAACGGUUCCAUUCCACCAAUCCACGUUCCUCCUGGCUACGUCUCCCAGGUUCUGGAAGACAACACAGGCUUGCGGAGGGUAGUGGUCACGCCUCAUUCUGAAUGUUAUCCUCCAAGUUACUCUCCGGCUCUGUCCCCGAGCCACCACAUUCACCCGCAGUACCUGACGCACCCACACUUUAUUCCGGCUUCACAUACGUCAUAUUAUCCCCCAGGCAGCCCCGGUGAUGUGCCCCCACACCAGUUCUAUCAGCACCGUCUGCCACCCAUCUACCCGGAAGGUAAGCUUCAUAGUCCACUGUAGACUAAAGGUCCUGGACUUUUUCACUUCUUUAAACACAUACCUCAGUGAGGAUGGGCAACCGUCUCUUUGUACUGAAUCAUAACACUGUCCUAACUAAGCUCAACUUGAAAGCGAAAUACCACACAAAGCUAUGAAAACACAACACAGCCA